GCUUAAAAUACACAUUUCUCUACCUUUCCUAGCAAUUGUGCAAAGUCAUCGGAAUAUAGAGAAAUUCAUUGUCUAGUUGCCAUAGACAUUUCCGGUUGUGCUCUCUCUUAAGUCUGAUAGACAACUUUUGAAGAAGUAUCAAUCAAUUUUUGGGUACAAAAUUUGGUUGAAAUAUUUGGUUUCUAGGCAAAACCUACGUGGUUAGCUUAAGAAGUGGGAGACAAAAGGGUUUGAGUUCAUCCAAGAUCAUUCAGAAAUGGAGAAAAGUAUAGCGUUUGAGAAAGACCUUAACCUUGAGGCCACAGAGCUUAGAUUAGGCCUACCAGGCACCAAGGAGUCAGAAAAGCAAACACCAAGUACCAUCAAGAGCAACAAAAGAGUUUUGCCCGACAUGAGUGAGGAGUGUGGAUCUGAGGACAAUUCUAAUGUCUCACAUGUCAAAAUAUGUGACCAAGAAGUUGCUCCACCUGCCAAGGCACAAGUAGUGGGGUGGCCACCAGUGAGAUCUUAUAGGAAAAACUGUUUCCAAGCAAAGAAAAUGGAGGCUGAAACCACUGGCAUGUACGUGAAAGUUAGCAUGGAUGGAGCUCCUUAUCUGAGAAAGAUUGAUUUGAAGGUAUACAAAGGAUACCCAGAACUGCUUAAAGCCUUGGAAGACAUGUUCAAGUUCAGUGUUGGUAAAUAUUCUGAGAGAGAAGGCUACAAUGGAUCAGAAUUUGUGCCAACUUAUGAAGACAAAGAUGGGGAUUGGAUGUUGGUUGGAGAUGUUCCAUGGGAUAUGUUCAUCUCUUCAUGCAAGAGGAUGAGAAUCAUGAAAGGGUCAGAAGCUAGAGGCUUGGGUUGUGCUGUGUAAACUGUAAAGUCCCACUUUAAAGCCAUUAAGAAAGGAUGGAGAAGAAGAGGAAAUCUAUUUUGUUCAAGAGAUUGGGCUGAAGAAACUUGGAUGUAGAUCUCCCUCACCUCAGUUGCAAAAAGAAACAUUGAAAAGGGAAAAGAAAAAAAAAAAGUGCGUGUAUAGUUCGGCAUAUUUGCUUUUACAGGGAUUGUACAAAGUUUACAAGCAUUACCUAUAUGUUCCACAAUUUCCUUUUUCCAAUUUUCAUGUAUUAAGGGGGAAAAAAAAACCUUAAGCUUUCCCAAUUUUUUAUAUCAUGAAUAAAUCAUAUAUACUAUUUUUGUCA